CCUAAUAAACAAGAGAAAGUGGAUCUAUUGCAGCUGUAUCCAUCUCCACCACACAACACACUAAUGACUUCCCAAACACAAAACCUCAACUUUGUGUUGUUUCCUUUGAUGUCUCAGGGCCACAUGAUUCCCAUGAUGGACAUUGCAAGAGUGUUGGCACAGCAAGGUGUUACUGUCAGUGUAAUCACCACACCCCACAAUGCAGCACGUUUCUCGUCAACUUUUGCUCGUUCCAUUGAUUCAGGUUCUCAAAUCAAACUAGUUGAACUCCAAUUCCCAUACAAAGAAGCUGGAUUACCAGAUGGGUGUGAGAAUCUUGACAUGCUACCUUCACUAGGCACUUCCUUGAGUUUCUUCAAUGCAGCUAACACCCUACAGAAACCAGUAGAAAAGAUCUUUGAAGAGUUAACCCCUCCACCAAGCUGCAUAAUUUCUGACAUGUGUUUGCCUUACACAGCCAACAUUGCUACAAAAUUCAACAUCCCUAGGAUUUCUUUUCUUGGACAAAGUUGUUUUAGUCUCUUGUGUCUUUACAACUUGGGCGUCCACAAAGUUCUGUCUAGCAUAGCCACAGAAACUGAGUACUUUGUGUUGCCUGGUUUGCCUGACAGAAUUGAGAUGACCAAAGCACAGAUACCAGCACAAAAAACAACGGAAGAAUGGAAAAAGUUUUAUGCCAGAACUGCUGCUGCUGAAGGGGUUUCUUAUGGAGUGAUCAUGAAUUCCUUUGAAGAGUUGGAGCAAGAGUAUGCAAGGGGUUACAAGAAGGCAAGGAAUGGUAAAGUGUGGUGUGUUGGUCCUGUUUCACUUAGCAACAAGGAUCAUUUGGAUAAGGCUGAGAGAGGGAACAAGGCCUCAAUUGAUGAACACUAUUGCAUGAAGUGGCUUGAUUUGCAAAAACCAAGGGAUGUAAUAUAUGUUUGCCUUGGAAGCAUUUGCAACAUAACUCCACCGCAGUUGAUAGAGCUUGGUUUGGCCUUGGAAGCAUCAAAUAGACCCUUCAUUUGGGUUAUAAGGGAAGGAAGCGAAUUAGAAGCAUUGGAGAAGUGGAUCAAAGAAGAGGGCUUUGAGGAAAGGACUAAAGCUCAAAGCCUUGUGAUUCGGGGUUGGGCUCCUCAGGUACUAAUACUAUCACACCCUUCAAUUGGAGGCUUCUUAACACACUGUGGUUGGAACUCAACCUUAGAAGCAAUAUGUGCUGGUGUGCCAAUGGUUACUUGGCCACUUUUUGGUGACCAAUUCCUCAAUGAGAAACUUAUUGUACAAAUAUUAAGAGUAGGAGUAAGGGUUGGAGUGGAGGUUCCUGUCAAAUGGGGUGAAGAAGAGAGAACGGGGGUCUUGGUGAAGAAAGAAGAUGUUAAGAGAGCAAUUGAUGAGUUAAUGAAUGAGCGUAGAGAAAGUGAAGAAAUGAGGAAAAGAGUUAAAGAGCUUGCAGACUUGGCCAAGAGAGCUUUAGAAGAAGGUAGAUCAUCUCACUCUAAUGUGAAACUCCUUAUCCAAGAUAUCAUGCAACAAACCAAGAGAAAUAAUUGAUAUUUCUCACUUUGUGAAAGCAGAUUG